AUGGGGUCAAAGAAAACUAACAAGAAGUCUGGGCUUUACAGCGCCGCCAUAGAAAAGAGGAUCAACGAGGACUCUAAAAAGAAACGCCCCACCCCUUCCCCUGGCCCUGAACCCUCUGGCUCCAACAAGGCCAAAUGCGAACGUAAGGGCGACGACGACGAAGAGGUCUUCACCAUGGAUGACUUCCCGACUGAGGUCCUGUUGAAAGCACAUUACAUGGCCACAAAGCAAUCUUCUCUUGACCGACCCUUAGGUAUGUUCGAGAGCGAUGUCACUUUGGCAGCAUCAAUUCGAGCCCAUGCUGGCGCGAACCCCCCCGCUUCUGAUAGAGAAAACUUUGCAGGAACACCUCUCUCGAACGACGCCAUCUCCAACAUCCUCAAAGAGGUUAAGCCCGACUGCAACAAAGCUCAGGCGUGGAUUAAGGCACAUGAAGCUAGCAAGGCGGCCAAAGAGCGUGCUAAGGCGAAGUUGGAGGGCCGUGAAGACCUCAGAAAGAGGGCUGUUCGUCUAUCGUAUGAUAGAGCCCGCCAGACGGCUAGCCAGUCCAAUGCACCCAGACAUGAGGCCGGAGAUCUAGCCCCAGUCGCAGUUCCAGAGGUGUCCGAGGGCCGUACCGUUAACGAAGAACUGGAGGAAUCGAGGGUUGUGUACAACAGGGUUAGUCUUGCACACGAUAGACUCCUGAAGACUAUCUCCGACAUCGAGGAAUUCAGAAAGGCCGUGCCGCAAUGA